AUGGAGGGGACGGAGAAGCGGAAGCUUCCUUUCUUUCGCUCCACCAGCCCCAAGAACCGCCGCAUCCAAAACACUGUCCAUUGGCACCGCGGCUUGCGCUCAUUCCUAUACCUGGUCGCCUGGAUCUUCCUGGUCCUGGUUGUCAUUGGCAAUGUUGCCAAUAAACCAGUGCUGCGCAGCACCUACUUCCUCUACCUCGAUCUCUCCAACAUUAUCCCCGUCUCCGUACCCAAUGCCGUCCUGAUCAACUCCAUCGCCCAGACCAUCGGUCUGCACGACUUCUACCAGGUGGGCAUGUGGAAUUACUGUGAGGGCUACAAUGCAAAUGGCAUCACCCACUGCUCUAAGCCAGAGACUCUCUAUGCCUUCAACCCCGUCGAGAUCAUCCUGAGCGAGCUGCUGUCCGGUGCUAGUAUCGCACUCCCCUCGGACAUCGAAGAGCCCCUCAAAUUAGCCCGCCUCGCCUCCCACUGGAUGUUCGGCCUCCUCCUCUCCGCCGCCGUGCUCAACUUCGUCAUGAUCUUCGUCGCCCCCUUGGCCGUCUCCUCCCGGCACCCACGAUACAUCAAGAACUGGGAAGCACAACACUCGAGCCCGGACAGCUGGCCCGUGUCCGGUGCGCCACCCCACCGCCGCCGCACCUUCGUUUGGCUGCGCGCUCUCCCCAUGCUCAUCAUCACAUUCUUCACGGCGCUAGUGACGAUCGUAGGCUCCGCGGUCGCGACAGUCAUGUUCGUGAUCUUCGCCAAUGUCUUCGCAAACGCCGACCCAAGCAUCAACAUCAAAGCCCACGUCGGCACCCAGAUGCUCGUCUUCAUGUGGAUUGCCUCCGCCUUUUCCUUGCUCGCUUUCAUCCUCCAGAUAGGCUCCUGCUGUGCGGCCUGCUGUCGCGGUCGCAAGGCCCGUAAGCAGCUCAAGUCUCAAGGUGUUGAUUGGCGCGAGAAGGGCUCUCUAUUCAAUAGCGCGACUACUGCUAACAGCAAGCCGCAAGAGUCGGGCGCUGUGGAUCAAAAUGCCGUUUCUUCUGGUCGGGACUUGAGUCCCGUUAGCCCCGUUGAGGAGCGCCGUCUUAGCUCCAGCGGCCAUGCAUUCUCCAAUGAGCAUGAGCAACGCCUUGGGUCUAGUGGGAACGGCUACGCGGAGCACAACGGAACCACCUUCUCUUCUCAGCAGCAGUACCAUUCAACUGAACCUCACGCAGUCUCGAAAUGA